AUACAAUUGAAUUUUUGCCAUCGUCGUUGUGGACGAGAUUGCCGUACAUUACCACUUCCCGUCCGCGUUCUGGUUUUCCGGGAGUUACUGUUGUCGGCCUACCGCUUCCCGUCCGGGUUCCGGUUUUCCGGGAAUUACAAUUGUCGGCCUUUUUGAACAGUUGGGCUAAUUCAGCCUGUAUGGACGCUGGAAAAAAAUCGAUGAACCACGCUACUGAACAUGUAUAAAAUCAUCGAAUUAAGUAGUCGUUAAAUCUAUUUAUGCUGAUUUUGAAUUGUAAGUGUUUAAUUUGGAAAUCAGGAUUUGUGAUAUAUUGUACAGCCGUUUAAUUUGAAAAUCUUGAUUUAUGUUAUUGUUGCCGGAUUUCUACUUCAAAGUUAUAUUUGCAUGAUUUCUAGGUCAAGUAAAGCUGAUGAUUACGACGCUGUUGUUGAAUAAUCUUUCAUUUCUAUUCGAAUUUGGCUGUGUAGUUGUAUUGAUUAACAUAGCUUGGUGUGGAGAAUUGUUGUUAACUUGAUUAAUUGCGAAACUGAUUCAUGGGUGUGCAUUGGUUCUUCAGUCGUUUCUUUCCCUAGUGGUGUGUAUAUGUUUUAAUUUAUAUGAUUAGUCUAUGAUUCCAAAUUAUCUGAAUCAAGAUGCCAUGAUUGUUUUAAAGAACACGGUGUGUUGCUUUGUAGGGGGAAGAUGUUAAGGUAAUAGGGGCAGAAUUGAGAUACAAAAAAUUCCAACUUUUUCCAGGAUUGUUCCAUGUAUUGUUACUAUAGAUACAGAUCAAAGCGCGCGUAUCAUUUUUGUUAUUGGUUUAUGAUGUUUUUCAUUGAUUGUUGAAGAUGGUAAUGUCAUCCUUGUUUUUUUUAGGAUAAUGCACUCUCUGUUGGUGGGAAGGUGAAAGGAAAUCGGGCUGUACUUGCAGAACGUAGUAGUCGGGUAAUGUAUGCUUGGUAGUUUGUAUUGGAUAAUUAAUGUUUUGUUUAGUCGCUAAGCUAUGUUAAUUCUGAUUUUUCAGCCUCCUAACUUGACAUGUCGUAUUGAGACAUUUGGGAGGAUAUGUCAGAAUUUUGAUGGAAGACGAUGUAUUUGGGUAAGAGAAAUGGGUUUUGGUGGGUUGUUGAGCAUCCCGGAUGACUUGCAACUUCCUAGGCAGAUUGGUUACAGGCUAAUGUCGCGCAUAGAUCCUAAUUCUAGAAAAUUUAUCGGUUGCGAUGAAAAGGAGUUCAGGUUUUCAAAAAAUCAGUUGCAUUGGAUCCUCGGUAUACCCAAUGGUGGCUUUCCUGUUCCUAGUUACAAAUCUCUGGAUUAUGAGAAGAGGGAAAAAGUUAAUGAAAUACUUGGCAAGUAUGGUAAGUCGAUGCAGAGCAAAUCUAGCAGGAAAUGUGGUCGUCUGUAUUACUCUACAGGUAUUCCUAUAAAUUCAAAGAUAAUAAAUUUGUUCGAGGGUGUUUGGGAGGAGGAUAAGGAAGAAGAAUAUAAGACUCUUUUUCUUUUAGUAGCCCUUGAUUUGGUUUUGUGCCCUACAUAGUCACCUCGACUAGCAGUUGAUCUGAUUCCUGCUUUAACAUGUGCCUAGAACUGUGCAAGCUAUGACUGGUGUGGUCUUGUGCUAGAUAACCUGAUGGAUUCGGUUUCCAGUUUUGCAUGCCGAUUUUAUGCUUCUGGUUAUGCCAGAUGUGGUGGAUGUUGUAUUUUUGUUGUGUUAUUCUAUUUGGAAAGGCUAAACAGAGACCUUGUUGAUUGGGGUGUGUUUCCUCAUAUUAAGGCUUGGAAUAUGAAGUUAAUCCGCAAUGCUUGUAGAGCUGAUCGAAUUGCAGAGACUGGAGACUUUGGGAAAUUGGGGAUGUUAGAUGUUGCGUAUGGUGAGCAUCACCCAAGGUGUGCCAAAGACAUUGAAGCACCAACUCAGACCGAACAUGUAAUCAUUUAAUGAACAUUUGUGUCCUUAUUUCUGUUUUGCUGUAGCACAACUCAUCACAUGAUUUUACCUAUAAGGGUGAUUGUCUAGCACCCUUGAGGUCACGGAAGAGGAGGCGGGCAACGACCGAUAAAAUUCCUUUCAUUCGAAAGCGGGAGAAGGUAAAAUUUAUGGUAUGUGCAGACCGCACUCGCUAGGCCCAAGACAUCCCUCACGAAGUGACCCGAUGCAAUGGGAAUCCGCCAAGUGGCAACCCGACUUAGGCACUAAGGCAGCCAUGUUGGCGCUCGGUCCCUCGGCUGGGCCUGCUUAGUUGGCCCUUUCCGCA